CUCUCUCUCUCUAUAUAUAACAUUUUUAUUUUUGUUUUUUAUAUCUUACGUAGUUACUGGUAUCUAAAAAAGAAAAAAAAGAAAUUGGAGAAGAUGGGAGUUGAUCUUGAUCUAGAAUCUAUAUCAGAGGCAACUUCAGGAGCCAUUGGAUCACUCCUGAGCACCACCAUCUUGUACCCACUAGACACAUGCAAAACCAGGUACCAAGCUGAAGUUCGAGGCAAUGAUCAGGCCAGAUACAAGAACCUUUCGGAUGUUUUCUGGGAAGCAAUAUCCACACGCCAGGUUCUUUCGCUGUAUCAGGGUCUGGAAACAAAAAACCUGCAAUCUUUCAUUGCUCAGUUUGUUUACUUUUAUGGGUAUAGCUACUUCAAAAGACUGUAUCUGGAAACAAGUGGUUCUAAAUCAAUAGGUACAAGAGCGAACUUGAUCCUUGCUGCUGCUGCCGGGGCUUGCACUGCAAUUGUGACUCAGCCUCUGGACACAGCCUCAUCAAGGAUGCAGACAAGUGCCUUUGGAAAAUCCAAAGGGCUGUUGAAGACCCUUGCAGAGGGCACCUGGAUUGAUGCAUUUGAUGGUCUUGGAAUCUCCCUGUUGCUAACCGCAAACCCUGCAAUCCAGUAUACAGUGUUUGAUCAGCUAAAACAACGACUUCUUGAAAGGAAAAACAAAACAGGCAACGGUUCAUCCCCAGUAGCCCUUUCUGCCCUUGCAGCAUUUGCUUUGGGCGCGGUCUCAAAGACUGUGGCCACUGUUCUAACCUACCCUGCCAUUAGGUGUAAGGUCAUGAUCCAAGCUGCUGAGGACGAUAAUGAAAAAACCAAGAAUGCUCGACCAAAGUCCAGCAAAACGAUACCAGGAGUUCUAUGUGCCAUAUGGAAAAAGGAAGGGAUUCUGGGCUUCUUCAAGGGAUUGCAUGCUCAGAUAUUGAAGACUGUCCUCAGCUCGGCAUUGCUUUUGAUGAUCAAGGAAAAACUUUCAGCGGCUACUUGGGUUCUUUUACUUUCAAUCAGAAGGUAUCUACUGCUUACAAGGGGCAGACUAAAAGAUGCUUGAUUGGAAUUGUACCAACAAAAACUUGCAGAAUUCACAUGUAAAUUAGGUGGGAGUUUGAUCUGAUUAGCUGAAAACAGAUGUGCUCUUUAAAGUGGGGAACUAAUUUUCAGAUAGGAGCUCUUGCUUUUGUAAUAAAGUGGUUUUUUUUGUUAGAGAGGAAUGAUGGUUCAGGCCCUGCUUCAAAGAUGAUGGUUAUGUCAAUCUGUUGGAGCUCGGUACUUAGAGUGAGCUUUUAAUUAAGAGAAAUAAUGUAGAGCAGAAAUUUUGUUCGGCAAAAAUAAUGAUGCAUAAAUUUUAAUUGUGUGAUUGCUGUUGCUUACCA